CACAGCACAGCACAACGCCGCGCCGCAUUGCAUUUCUACUCACGCCGACCAGACCAGAGGCAGAGGCAGCCAGACGGCCACUUUUCUCUCCUGCUGCUUGCUACUUCCAAGCCUCUCGCACUUUCUUUUCUUCACUCCGCCAGCAGGAGUGAGAUGUUGUUUGAGUGCUGCUGGCUCAACUUGCUGGCUGCCGUUGCGGCUGCUGCCUUCGCACUUGUGGCUUUGAUCGUAAUCUACGCCAAAAUCACUUGCGGCGUGUGCAAGAGCACCAAAAACAUGAAGGGCAAAACAGUCAUCAUUACUGGAGCCACUUCCGGUAUUGGUAAGGAGACAGCCAGAGAUUUGGCUAAGCGUGGAGCUCGACUGAUUCUGGCUUGCCGCACAGUCAGCGCAGCCGAGGAGGUCAAAGCCGAAAUCAGCAAUGAGACCGGCAACAAGGACAUCGAAGUUCGCCAUCUCGAUUUGGGCUCAUUCGAGUCAGUGCGGGAGUUCUGCAAAGGCAUCUUGGCCAGCGAGAAACAGCUGGACGUGCUGGUCCACAAUGCUGGGUGCGCUGACACGUUCAACAAAAAGGUAUCUCCAGACGGCAUCGAACUCACCCUGGCUACAAACCAUUACGGACCCUUCCUGAUGACUCACCUGCUUAUUGAUUUGCUUAAGAAGUCUCGCCCCAGCCGAAUCGUGGUGGUUGCUUCCAGUUUGUAUGUGAUUAAGCGCCUGACCUUGGACGAGGCCAAUUUGGUGGAUGGACUGCCAGCUCUCAUGUACUACAGGUCUAAAUUUGCCAACAUCGCCUUCACCCUUGAGCUUGCUCGCAAACUUGAAGGAACAGGAGUGACAGUUAAUUGUCUUCACCCUGGUUUGGUUGACACUGGCAUCUGGAGAAAUGUACCAUUCCCUAUGAAUCUGGGUCUCAAACUACUCAUCAAAGGAUUCUUUAAGACUCCUAAGGAAGGUGCUCAAACUACCAUCUACUUGGCAACUUCCGAAGAGGUUGAAGGAGUUUCUGGCAAAUAUUUCUCCGACUGCAAGGAGAGCUCUCUGAAUGCAACUGUGCAAGACCCAGACUUUGGCAAGAAGUUCUGGGAAAUCAGCGAAACAAUGGUCAAACUGACUGCAGAUGAUCCAAAAAUAUGAUUGCUCUCUUUGAGUUCAUUAAAUUUGCAGCUAUAUAUUUUUUAUACACAUUCUAUUUACAGCUAAAAUCAAUUAAUAAAUACAUUUAACUGCCAAACA